CACCACUAUGGCAGAUAUUGAUAGCACAGAACCUCAGCUAGAGGAUAUAAUGGACCCAUUGGAUGAGGAUGGAGAGUGGGAUGAGGAUGAGAACUAUGAUGAUGAUGACCUCGAUGGGGAGACAGAGGAAAUGGCUCAGCGUCUGCGAGAGCAACUCAUGGCUGAUAUUAACAGAGUCAAUGCAGCUGCAGCUGCCGCGGGCCACACUCCUGACGUACCUUUGCCUGCGCCUCUACCUGCUUUUUCUCUAUCUCGGAAGGAAGAGGCCAUUCUCGGCACCAUGAGAUCAAUCUUAGCAUUUCUCGACAAAGAUACGCUCGCACGCUCUACCCUGGAAUCCACUGCCUUAUCGGGAGUACAAGGGGAUAAUGUCUUUCGUAUACUACAGGCAACAGUCACGAAAGGACGCGUUCCAAAGGAAAUCGCAAUGCCUCUUAACCACUCUCUGAUGUCUCUCGCCCGGUCGGAGGCUUUGUUCGGAAAAUUGCGCCAUUCAGACGCUUCUUCUAUUCAGCUCGACAUAGGCAAACGGAAGCGAGCGGAGGAGGAUGAAGGAUCGCAGGUUGAUGCUAGGCACCAGAAACGACCAUUCGUCCAGUACGACCUGAAUGCUCAUGUAAUCGAGGCCGUUGGCGUUGUCAGUCAUGCCAUAGCAUCUUCUACCACGCCCACCCUUGAACCGGCUCUCAUAGCUUCCGUCCAACUACAGCUCCAUCACAUAUUCCUCUUUUCAGUAACAUCAGCUCCACGCGGAGGAAAUGGCAUGAAUGCCCUCCAGGAGAUCGGCGGCUUGAUUCAGGUGCUUGGAGUGCUCAGCGGUAUCCAAAUUGGUCAAAAUUCACCUACCCAGUCCACUGGCUCUACGAGCUCUCAAUUUCAUGGCAUCGGUACCGCCGUAUAUCCCUGUCCAGCAUGUCCAAAGACAUUUUCUCGGCUGUACAGUCUUCGCUCGCACCAGCGUAUCCAUGGUGUCGAGCGUCCUUUUAGAUGCGAACACUGUCCCGCCUCAUUUGCUCGUAACCACGACUUGAAACGGCACGUUAAAUUGCACGACAAAAAGGCUUGGAAAUGCUCCGGUUGCGAUAAAAUCUUCUCGCGUAGGGAUGCAAUUAAGCGACAUCAAAAUGUCAGCCGAAACCAUGGUACCAAAGGCGAAGCGUGUAUUGGGGCCUUGGUGAUAGAGGUGGAAAACGAAGAUGAUGAAGACAGCGCCCGGGAGGAAAAACGAGCCAAAUUAUGGAACGGCAUAGCCACUAGUCAUUCUUCCGGAGCUGCUGGGGAAAUGGAAGAGGGAGAGAUUGAACCCCCCGUAUUAUCGGCGCUGCAAACGACAGUGCUGACCUUGCAUCCGCUUUUACAGACGCACGUCUCCAAUGCACUUGGAGCCAAUGCAUUGCAGACAACAUCUCAGCCUAUCGAUGCCGCAGGUAGCCAAGCCACACUCGCGAGUGUCAUUGCUCGAGCGCAACAGCAACAUGGUGACUCGACCGCUCCGUCGGAAACCGCGAAUCAAUCGUCUGCUAAACCACCCACCAUACCCUCUUCCACAACGACGCCUGCCUCUCCACCAGUCACUGUAAAUGGGGACGGUGAAAAUCCAUCCACUACUGGCGCUCAGCCACAUUCGCUCUCUAUGUUCGGACUCUCAGAUGCGCAAACUCAAAUGCUAGAACAAGCAAUCGCUGGAGCGGCCCUUGCAGCUCAGGCACAAGCAGAGGCAGAGGCAGCGCUAGAAGAAGACGACCACAAAGAUUUUGAUGAUGACGGGGAAUAUGAUGAAGAUGAUGGCGAAGACCUAGAACUCGUUUCCAUUCCUCCGCCUCCUUGAUUAUCGGGCCUUCUACCAUCGCCCUCGUGCAAUUAUAUCUAUGUACAAACUUUCAUAAUAUCAUAAAUAACGCAUUUCACGU